AUGGGCAUACAUCCGGGAGAGUUGGCUGUCUUCCGAUUCAUCGGUAUAUUAGUCUUAACGAUACCUCUGGUCAUUAGGAAUGGCAGCAAUCCGUUCGGACCGCCGGAGUUGAGACACUUUCUGCUGCUGAGGGGUAUAGCGGGCGCCACAUCGCUGUUCCUCCGCUUCUCGGCCUUUCGGUAUCUGCCGAUCGCCGACGCGUCGGUCAUCAUCUUCUCUGUGCCCGUAUUUGUUUCACUGUUUGCCUGUAUUUUCCUCAAAGAGCCGUGCGGUGUUUUUCAGACCAUAACUGUAUUGCUAACAAUGUUAGGCCUAUCACUGACCACAAAACUGCCCAUAAUCUUCGGCUCCGACGGCGAUAUCAACAUUAACUCCCAAUACGUGAACGCAAGCAUACCUUCUCUGUUGGUCAAUAUGACGGUCGCGUCGGACAGUAGGCAAGAGUUGUUGGCCAACCAGAAGCUGCACCAUAUCUACGGUGUGCUGUCGGCGCUCACAUCCACUAUAUUUGCCUCUUCUGUCUUCAUAUUCAUUAGAAAAGCCAAAGGCGCUCAUCACUCGGUCAUAAUGUUUAACUUCGGUUGGGUUGCGAUCGUCGAGACGGUGAUCAUCACGGCGUUGAUGGACGGCUUCUCGUCGCCCAAAACGGGCACCGAAUGGCUGUUAAUAAUACUGUUGGGAAUAUUCUCGUUCUGCGGGCAAAUCCUAUUGACCCGAUCGCUGCAGUUAGAACAGGCGGGACCCGUCGCUGUGGUCAGGGCUGCCACCGACAUAGCGCUGGCCUUCGUGUGGCAACUCUGGCUGUUCCACGACGUGCCCGACAUGUGGUCAAUAGCCGGUGCCUUACUGGUGACCACUUGUAUCAUAAUAACCAGUGUUCGCAAAUGGGUGAUGACACAGCCCGAGCACUCCCGCAUUAAGUCCAAGUGCUAUUUCAUGAUACAAUAG